AUGGAGAUAUAUUAGUAAUCAAUGUAACCACUAAUAGUAAUCCAAUGUAUUAUCAACAAUACAAUGGACCAUUGAAUUAUGAGCUUAAUAGCAGUAAUGGAUCAAUACCAUUGGAACAUAAUGACUAUCCACUGAUAUCAGUUAUAACAAAGCCAAUUCCUUCAGUGACUGAAGCAUCAUCCUCUACUGUUACUGAAGACAUUAAUACUGUUGCUACAAUGAUAAUGCUAUCAUCCUCCACCACUACAACAGAUAUUGUAAUGACACCUAAUAGCAUUCCAACAUCAGCAAAAGUCAUACAUCACUCUACCAGUUUAAAUUACACUACUACUCUUUCCUUAUUAUUGGGUAUUAUAUCAUUAUUCCCCACUAAUGUCAUAUCAACCAGUGAUACUGCUAACACCAAUGCUUUAUUAAGCAGUGUUAGUGCCAAUGUUCUGUCAAGUAAUGUUAUUGGUAUUAGUGCUUCAGUGAUUAGUAGUAGUAGCAUUGUACCCUCGUCAAGUAGCUUAAUUGUUACCAUUACUCCAUCUCCAGCUCUCUCUAUUACUGAGUCAAUAACUACACCAUUGUCUAGUAUUGAAAGUAGUCAUCCUCUACUGUCAACAGGAAGUAUCAGUACAACAAAAGUCAGUCGUAUACAAAACACUGUAUCACAAGGCAAUCCUACCAGUGAAGUAUUAGUCACUUCAAGUAGUAGUAGUGUCACUACUACCUCAUUGAACUCUGCAUCAAUGGAAAGUACACCUGAUCAAAGUACAGGGAGUUUAAUACUAGCAGGAAGUAUUAGUAGUGUAUUUAUAUUACUGGUAGUUACUAUACUAGUAAUAUUAAUAGUGAGUGUAUUAGUGUGUAGGAGAAAACAGUUAGGUACUGGUUAUGCUAAUGGUGAUAAUGAAAGGAUAACAGAUGAGCAAAAACAAGAUGAAAGACUGAAUGUUCUAUCAAAUAUAUCUGCUAAUGCUGCUUAUGGUGUUAUUGGUGGAAAUGAAAAUGAUGAUGUCUAUAGUAAUCCUGCUUAUGGAAUCAACACUAUAAUGACACAAAGUAUUGAUGAAGAACUAUUAGUAUAUGAUGAACCAAGAACAAUGUAUAAUGAACAAGAGGUUAUUGUAAUGCCAGCACAUAAUGAAGCAUAUACACAACAGAAAGAAGAAGAAGAAGACUUGUACAUCUAACAUAUUGACAUUACUAUAAUAAACAGGACAUACAUUAAUGCACAUAAAACACAUACACAAAUAACAAAUUGCACUAAAACAUUGUAGAAUUUAAUUUUGUUGUUAAAGCC